UCAUUACUACUACCACCACCACUACUAUUACUAUUACUAUUACUACUGCUAUUACUACUACUACUACUACUACUACUACUACUACUACUACCACUAUCAUUAUUAUUAUCUUUAUUAUUAUAACGUUCUCGUGUAGCGGAUCUAUUCAUUGAAAUCCUCUCCAAUGAAUACGUAUACUUGUACACACGCAGUUACUAAGACACAGUAAGGAAUUCAUUUCUUUUUCAUCGUUCAACGCGAUCGUAACGAUCAGACUGACGAUAAUAUUCCUGUUUAAACGACUAUUUACGCUCGGUUUCGCGGUAUCUUCGAACAUCUGGUAACUAUUUCCGGCUUGUCCGGUGAUUUGGAUCGUUUCUGGUGGUCUAGUUGGUUUUUGGUCGACCCGGUGUUUUUAGAAAGGCGAAAUCGAGCGUCAAAGUGCCUAAACUCGCGUUGGUCGCGAAUAGAAUGCGAUCCACGGCUCAGUCUUGACGAUCGAUCUCUCGUUUUUUAUGUAAAUACACGGAAGAGUCGGUUGGGAUAAUAAUAAACCAUUACCAGAUACACGUGCUUCUUUAUCUUUUACGUCUUCUUUUCCGAUAACCGAUCGUCGAAAAAUAAUCGGAUCGCCGAUGUCGAUGCUUCGAUAGUUAUGACUUUGAAGAAGCUUAAUUUUGAAUUAUGUGCAAUUCAGGUCACUAAAGAUGCGUACAGUGCACAAUUUCAAACGAAAAAUCUGUAGUAGGUUAGGAAGAGAGCAUUUAUCGACGUUACCGACCUAUUGCAUAGUAACGAUCGAUAGUAAGCCGUAGGAAAUGGAAGAGGGCGUACGAAACAGUGUGAUUUUCCAGCAGGUCGGUAUUUCGUAAUCUGAGACACGAAGACGUUCCGUUUAAUGUCGCGUCUAUUCCGCUCUUGGUUAACGAAAGAGAAGGGUAUAAAAUUUUCUACAUCGGAUAAAGAUUUUGGCGAGUAAAACAACCGUCGGUAAGAUAGAUAUCCGUAGACAAAUAUCAAAUAGCCCCCUGAAGGAAAAUUGGUUACCUAACUCGAUAGAACCAUGUACGCGAUAUAUAUAUAUAUAUUGUACAGAUUAUUUUGAUAUAAUGCUACAGAAAUACUUGUAUCGAUAUUUUGUAAUUUAGUAUUGAACCAAAAAAUUAAAAGUAAAAAGAUUUUGUAAAUGUACAGUUCUAGUAAUUCCAGUUACUUGGUUCAAGAAUAUCAUAUAUGUAUGAAUUAAUCGAGAUACAAAUUCCUCAUGAUCGAUCCAUACGAGCAAGAUUACGAACAAGCAGAAUUUGCUAUUUUAACUUCGAUUUAAUCGUUUGAUCGUUGGUUCGAUUAUCCUACUAAUUUACUUUCUAAUUUUUCUUCACAAAGAAGGAAUUUCGUGGAAUAUUUUGGACUCGUGACUCGGUGGAUGGACCCUUCACGACGGUUCGUCUCGAAACGAAAUUUCGCCGAUGGCAUAGGUAGGAUAAAUUUGGAACAACCAUCUCGAACGAAACACGCCUGUGUUUUACGUUAGUUCCGCAGUUAGUUUCGCUUCUCCAACGCCGCGAUAAAGAACUCGAUAUACCGCGAUGUUUAACAGGUGUAUCUCGAUAAAAACGAAGUAAAAUUAUUGUUCGUCGAACGACGUUUCACGCGAAUAAUAAUUUAUCCAUGAGGUUCGCUUAGACGAAUUAUUAAUAUUAUCUUGGUAAAAUAUUAUAGCUGUUCCGAGUGUAAAAUAUUAAGAUACGAAAUUUAAACGUCGCGAGCGUUUUAAACGUAAAUCGUUUAAAUAUAAAGAAUGCAAAAUUACAAGAAUGUGCGUAUAGUUGAACGAAUGAAAAAUGUUUGAUACGUGUACGUAGGUUCGGAGGAAUGGAACUCUCGAAAUAUCGGAAUUACGAUAGAAACAAAGUAUUAAAAUCGCCAUAAACCAUAAUUUUUGUAUUUCUUUGUGGUUUCGUGUCCUCGUAGACGCACGAACGAUGCAAUGCAAUUUAAAAGAAGCAAAAAGAAUCAGCGCUUCCUAUGCAAACUGUAAUUCUAUAUUUCCAUAACAAAUAAUGCCGUGGUGUUCUUUAAAGUUAAUGGCGUUCGGUGUAAAAUGUGAUUUUCUAUCUCUAUACCUAUAUACGGACGAUGCGAUUGAAUUUUCGAAAAUUUAUGCUUUCAGUAUGAAAUGUAAUUUUUUUACCUCUAUCAACGGACAAUGUAAUGGGAUUUUUUUUAGAACCGAUGCUUUCAGUAUAAAAUAUAAUUUCGAGCCCUUUUUCAAAUCUUAUCUCCAUAUAUAAAUCGUAUCUCCGUACCGAUAGAUCGAGCCAUAAUUUUCUACGUGUAAAGUCGGUCUUGCCACGCACGUCAAUGAUAAUGGGAUAAUAAUAUCGUUGCAACAAUCUUUGGUUUAACUUCAAAUAUAUAAUUCGCACGACUGUAAUAAUUACUUUCAAUGAUUAAAUAAUUUUCAUACUAUUUAUCGGUCGACUAAUAAAAAAUUACUUGCCCAACUACUAUCGCGAUUCGGAGAUUUUUAUCUUUUCGAUUAAUUUUACAUUUAAUCUAAUAUAAUUUAAGAUAUUUAGUUUAGUUAACGCGGUAUUUUUGAUAACGGUAAGGCGCGAUAUAAGAGAGAUCGUAUAGGCGCCUAGAUCGCUUCCCCACCGAUUUAACGGAACUCGAAUAAGAGGAAGAUAAAUCAAAAGCAUCUUGCCAAGUAAAUUUUUAUGCUCUACCAUCGUCCUUCUUUUAGAUCGAUAUCGGUAUAAGCCAUCUCUCUUCUUACACCAUAAAAGAUAGAUCGUUAAUUAAUAUGCUCGCAGAUACAUUCGCCGAUUUGUUUCUUAUAUUUGACGAUCUAUUAAUUUAUCGUAAUUGUCGAUCGCCUCGAGAAUACUCGAGACGCCUGUUUCAGUUUUCUUCGAAUGCGACGUUACAUCUUAUUCCAAAGAUAUUAAUUCUACGAUUCGCGACAUGGUUCGCUAUGCAAAAUGUACACGCUGGUGUCUCUCCGUGGUCAGCGAUUCCUAACAGCUAUGCGUUUACUUUAGUUGUUAAAAUAAUCGUCGUGUAUUGUACAUACGCUAGCCCCGAAACGUAUCCGGCAAACUUGCCCGUCUUCGACAGGCUGUAAUUUAAUUAGAAGAUCGCAUACACCGGCAUACGGAAGAAUUUCUUACGAUUUUAUUCCUUAUUAUCGUUGCAGCUUCUGUGUAUACGUAUUGAAAAUUACGACGCGAUCAAAUUCGCAUUUACGAGCUAAUGUACGUAAUAAGAUUCUCAAACUUUAUGGAACCGAUUUGUUGCCUGACAAAUAUUUCGCAAACGAUCGAUUCGAUUAAUUUUAGUAUCUAAAAUCUCUAAAAUGAUUCCAAAACGUACGUAAAAUUCAUCUAAAAUGGUACUAUGUAAAAUUUGGAGCGACUAUCUGAAAUUUAGCUAAAACAGCGACGUCUGAUUUAGUACGCUGUCCGUAAAUACUCGAACGUUCAAUUUAAAAAGCGUUUUAAGCGCUCGAUCCAGCUUCGGAUCAUCGAAAUACCUUUUCCUUCUGAAGAAAGGAUGCAACGACGGUAGCUAAUAAAGCGACUGGAUAUCGUGGAAAUUCGAUGGUGUGAGAGGAAAAAUAUCAAGAGACGUAUAGGAGAAAAGAGAGAAAUUGGAAGAAAGAUGAAGAAACGCGGUGAAAGCGCGUGAAGGAAGAGAACGUGCUCCGAAACGGAAAGCACGAUGCCGCGUUCGCGACCGGAAGCGUUCGAGCUGAUGGUCGAGGCCGAGAAGCCCUCCAAGUGCAUCAGGUUUCUACGUUUCCUGUGGAAGUUCUUCAGAUGCGUUUUUUCCCACGUGUCGUUGGUUUCGUUGGUCGUGCUCUACUGUCUGAUCGGCGCGUACGCGUUCGAGGCCCUCGAGGCCACCCACGAGAAAGAGAUCAAGAAGAGCAUUAAAGACAUCAGAGGGAACGUGGCAGAGCAGCUAUGGAAGAUCACGAAGGAGGUAGAGGUUCUGAUUCGUGAAAAUUGGACGGACAAAGCGUUACGUGAAUUAAAGACCUUUGAGAACAACCUCGUGUGCAUGAUGGAGAAAGAGGGUUGGGAUGGCAGCGAGGGUGAGGAUGACAUCCAAUGGACCUUUGCCGGCGCUCUCUUUUACUCCAUCGUCGUCAUUACUACCAUCGGGUACGGUCACAUCGCGCCGAAGACUAAGAACGGGAAAGUGGUCACCAUAUUCUAUGCUAUCGUUGGGAUUCCCCUCAUGUUGCUUUGCCUCUCCAACAUUGGCGAUAUUAUGGCUUCGAGUUUCAGAUUUUUAUACUGGAGAGUUUGCUGUUACAUAUGCACGAAACCACCAAGAAAAAGGCGACCAAGAAGCCACUUCGUCAGAUCAUAUUCCAUGAAACAACCAGGGCGAUACGGCGGAAGCAGGGGUGGCUUUGGAAGAUCCAUUAGGGUGAGCCAGAGAUCUGCAGACUCAGCUCUGGGUUUGUCCGAAACCUUGGCCAGAUCAUCGUACUUUGACGUAGAUAAUAAGUACAAUGCACGUCGAUACGAAGAUUCGGAACUCAAGAGACCGUUUUAUCCAUCGUCAGCAAAUCCAAAUUUUGGAUUUAAGUCCGCGACAGUGUCCAGAUAUUCGGAUUUGCCGAUGGUAAAAUCGAGCAGAGCUAGCCCCAAGAUGACGACGCAAUCGUUAGACAGGAAGUUGCUAAUGCGUUCGCCGAAUGACACUGAUCGUUCUCCGGUUUUGUGCAACCAAUAUGCAUUGGACGAUUUGGAGGAUGAAUUACGACGCUGGCAUUCUUCCGCUGAAGACAAAAGUGACUUGGGCAAUACAAGCAAAUCUCGGGUAGAACCAGAAGCGGCAGAAACCCUGGAAAAUGUGGAGAAACAAGCGCCAUUAGUGACGAGGUCGUUGCCCAGAAGAUGCUUAUCCAUGGAAGGUGCGACUAGCAACUACAGGACGAACCUGGCACAGCCUUUACGGCCGUCGCCCGCUUACUUGGAACUAGAGAAUUCCAGAAGGUCCCAGUUUUCAAAAAGUAGACGUUAUAAAACUAAUUAUCCCACUGCUCGCUCUUACAGAAGAGACACAUUGCCAUCGGAUAUAAUGUCCUCGGCUGGAUUUUCUGCACACAGACAAGUAUACAUAGACGAUUUUGACUCAGAUUAUGAGUAUCACGUAAACGAGGAUCAGGAAAGGCAGCCAAUAAAGCCGGUACCAAUAUGGUUAUGCGUCUUCCUGGUAGUUAGUUACAUUUUUGGUGGCGCUUUCUUAUUUAGCGCUUGGGAACAUUGGCCAUUCCUCGAUUCUGCAUAUUUUUGCUUUAUUACUCUCACUACCAUAGGAUUCGGUGACUUCGUUCCAGCGUACAAGCUGGAUGCACACAAAGGGAUCGCGGUUUGCUCGUUGUACUUGUUAUUUGGAAUUGCUUUGCUGGCGAUGAGCUUUAAUCUGGUGCAAGAGGAGGUCAUCAACAACGUGAAGAACGUCGCGAAGAGGCUCGGGAUCAUCAAAGAGAGUGACGACGAGGAAGAUGCCGACGACUACGACGCGUACGACGUCGAAUACAACGACGAGGUUGACAACGAGCUCGAGGGCUACGUUCUCGAUACUCCUCGAUGUCACUCGAUGACUAGGAACGUUCGCGGAAUUUCCAUCGCCUAGCCAACCUCCAACACCCGAAUCUUCAUUCAUUCGCCAAAUAUACUUACCUUCCUCUCUCCAGUUUUCCCUUCCUUCUUCAUUUUUUCUCUUUCUUCUUCGUUUUUUCUAUUCCCUUUCCCCUUCCUCUUUCAGUUUUUCUUCUUUUCUUCAUCCUUGGUAAUUGGACGAUGUCCGAACGAAACUGAAAUGUCCGAAUGUCCUACGAUUGUACACUCUCAGUCAAAAAUUUGCAGCAACUUUAUUUCUGGAACGAAGCAUGCUUUUGAAGAACAUUGUAAUUGUAACUUUUGUUUUUAAAUAUAAUCGACUAUUGGCUUAUUA